AUGACGAACGACGACGGCGACGGCGACGACGACGACGACGCGCCCGAGGACGUCAUCGAGGAGUACGACGGCGAGACGAACGACGCGGGACGCCCGCACGGGGAGGGAUACGCGUGGUACGCCGACGGCACGGAAUACGUGGGAGGAUUCGUGGACGGCGCGCGGAGCGGCUACGGAAGGCUGUGGCUCGCGAGGGACGAAGACGAAGAUUACGACGAAGACGACGAUGUUCCGAACGCGUUUUACCUCGGGGAAUGGAAGGACGAUCGACCGCACGGUAGGGGCAUACAGGUGUCGCGCGACAAAACCUGGUUGCAGGGAAAUUUUGAGAGCGGGGAGUUGCGAGGGGAGGCGUAUUUGUCGACGCAGGUUUCCAUUGGGGACCCUCGGUACAUGGGCGAGUUCGGCGACGACGGCGCGUUCGGGGGCGUGGGGACGAUGUACAACCGGUGCGGCGGGCGACUGACGGCGAAUUGGAAGGAAGGUGACAUCGCCGCCGGGUUAGCGGUGUGGGAAGGUGACAGCGCGCGCAGGCGCGAGUCGACGGCGGUGGUGGCGUGGACGCGAGAGAGUUUCGGAGACGCCGAACGAACGGGAAAGUGGACAGAUUUGGUCGCGCGAGGCGCGGUGGUGGUGCGUUUUGUAAAUGUGGAUACGUCUUAUGAAGCGGGUUGCCGUCAUAGACCCGAGGUGCGCGAAUUUCUACGCGCUUUGAAUGCCGUCGACGCUCGUCCUGGUUCGAGCGUACGAGCGGCCAUCGAAGCCAGCGCGGUGGCGAGGAAGGCCGUCGAAUUCGACUACGAAGCAGACGUUGCGACGACAGACUUAUUGGCGAGCCUUACGUUGGCGCGCUAUGUCGAGAGCUUGCGUGUGCGUGUGAGCCGAACGGCCCCGCUCGAAGUGCGUGCGACAGAAGACAUGCAUCGGCACGCCGUCGUCGCUUUUUAUUCUGGCACCGUCGGUGAAGUCCGCGGCGUUUCUGCGAGCGACGCAGAGCGUCUCGCGAGCGAUGCCAUCAUGCUUCGCGAGGAGGACGAUGAGGACACUCAAGAGAUCGUGGCCGAGUACGAUAAAGAUCGGAGUAGUAUCGCAUACGCGCAGUCUCACGGCGUGCGCGUGAUCCAUCUCGACGUCGGCGCGGACGCGCUCUGCGCGAAUUUUGUUCGCGUGGAGACGAAACACGAAACGAAUUGCGAGCGCAUGUUCUUCGAAAACCAUCCCAUCUUUGGCGAUGCGGUGUUUCUUAGAACUAAAAGGUGUAUAGCGAAGGACGAGGAGUUGACGGUCGCGCCAGACUACUUUUUCGGUUGGUGCUUAGACCCGUUGAGUGAGGCGGGCUAUUACGAAAGCAUGCGUUGUCAUCCACCAGAGGUGAUAUUUGAGAGAGACAACGACGUCCUCGAACUCGGUCGCGUGACGGUGAAGCGACACGGCCGAUGGCGAGCGCUAUACCUUGGGAAUGUUGAGCAAGGAUUGUCGUACGCGCCCACCGACGAUGCGCCGCCGUCGCACGAAGUUCUCGGGUUUCAAUACAUCCGAGCGAUGGCGAUCGCCACCGUUGACCGCAUCCGCGCCGAGAGACACGCCACGAAGUCGACGUCGAUCGUCGCCGUCGGUCUCGGCACUGGUGCGCUACCACUGUAUCUGGCGAACGCACCCGACUUGAACGUCGACGUGGUCACCGUCGAAUGCAGCCAAGCGGUCAUCGACGCGUGCGCGGCUAUCCACGUGCCUAUGCGCAUAAUCGAUCGCGAAGGAAAAUCCUCCGGAAUCCCCGCCGCGAAGAAACGACGACGUUCGCGUUCGGAGCCGUCGCCGAUUCGCGUCCACCGCGCAGACGCCUUGGACUAUUUCCAGCGAUGCAUCGCAAAAAAUAUCACAGACAAUCGUGUGGCGUCCGUGGACGUCGUCUUGUUGGACGCGUACGACGGCGACGGCAAAAUCCCCGAGCGCGUUCGAGACGACUUCUUCAUUCGAUCCGUCGCGAGCUCGUUAUCGCCCGUCGGCUUUUGCGUGUGCAACUGUUGGGACGGCCCCAUAGGUUCGGAGGCCUACCACGAACUCCACAUGUUCUCCAAUCUUUUGGAUCGUCACUUUUCGCUCAUCGAGCGCGUGAGCGUGGUGGGUCAAGAGUACAACGUCAUUUUAAUAGCGUCGCGCGCUCGGGCUCCCGGUGAGCGUUUGCGUUUGUGA